AUGGCUAAUCCGUUAUUGAUGCAAAAUGAAAAUGAAGUUGAAAUUAAAAUUAAACAAGUACAUGGAGUAGACAGUCAAGUAGACGGUCAAGUAUCAGGUUCUGCUAUGAAGAAGAGGAAAGUUUCAAAUGGGUUGAAUGGUGAUUAUGUAGGGAUUACCCCUGUCAAUGGUGAUGGCCAUAGUAUUGAUGAUCAUGAAAAAUUAUAUAAAUUUCAAUCCAAUCCUUUGGAAUCAAAUAUUGAUUAUAUCUCAUUACAAAGUUCUCUAGAUCUUUUAAGAGAUCGUGCUAAUAAAUUAGAAAGAGAUGUUCAACAAUUGGCUGAUUUUAAACAAAAGAUUUGGGAAACUUCAGAUUUGAAACAACUUCCAUCAAUUAUAAAGAAUAAUUCAGAUUAUUUAAAUGAAAUUACUUAUAAAGGUGUUACUAUUAAAAAUCCAAAGAUAAAUUGGAAACAAAAUUUUGGUUUAAAUAUAGAUGCAUUAAAUAUUGAUGAAAAUUAUGAAGAAAUUAAUGAAAAAUAUGAAAUUAUUAAAAGAGAUCAAUUAUUUUGA